CAAACGUUUGUUUAUUACCGUAAAGCUCCGCCCAGAAUCCGGAGCAUAAAAAUCGAGUUUGACCUGAUUUUUGUGCAGUCUGAGGAGAUUUUCUGAUUUUGUACAGCUUCGCUAAACAUUAUUUAGUACGCAUGAGCCUUUAAAGGGACCUAUGGAUCAAUAAAUCGAAAAUGCUAGAAACCCCGCCUCUUCUCUAAAACAUCUUUUUGUUCACUUCUCGAAGAUCGAUGGUCAGCAGUAGCGUUUAGCUAAAACAACAAGUAACUAAAGCUGCAUGUCCAAGCAUCCCGGAAGAAGAAUGACCAUCAUGGCCCGAUACUCAACGAACUUUGGGAUCAAUCAUGCAGCUCUGGCUUAUGCCAUGACCACUCUGGGCUCCGGCAUGAUUAACCAUAUUUUUAGCUUCUAUUAUGUCAAACUCUUCCUGAAUAAAUACAAGAUAUCUGAAGGAGCAUUCCACCAAUCCCAAGUGGUGUACAUGGUGUGGAAUUCGGUGAACGAUCCUCURUUUGGUUACCUCCAAGACAACUCCCGGAUGUCCUGCUGCUCUCACCGGCGUCUCUCCAUCCUGUACGGAGCCCCGCUCUACUCCCUGGCGUUCCUCCUGGCUUGGUUCCCGUGGCGGUCGUACGCUCCUGACGACUGGCUGUGCGGUUUGCAUUUAACCGUGGCUCUGUGUGCGUUCGAUGGCCUGCUGACGUUCGUGCUGCUGGCUCAGUGUGCCUUAUUCGCGGAGAUCUCCAGCCACCAUGAGAACCGGCUACGACUCAUAAAGUACAACCAGGUGGCCUCUCUCCUCGGGUCCUCCAGCAUCCUCUUCUGUGGCAUGGUGUCCGAAAACAUGGAGAACUUUAAGCAUUUUCAGAUGUUCACCGUGCUGAUUGCUGUUUUGAGCUGCGCCUGCAUGAUCUACACGGGUGUGCACAGCGAGAGCCGCUUUGACAAACUGUCAGACAGCUCGGGGCACGGCGAGCAGGCCGCGGCGGCGCAAACGGGAUGCUCCCUCUCCAUGCUGAAGACGAUGACGUGGCAGAUCUUGAGCAACAGGGACUUCCAGCUGUUUGUGCUGAUGAAUUUCUUCCAGGUGUUCAUGGUGGCAUUCUUCAACAACUUCACCAUGAUAUUCACCGAGCGCCUGAUUCCUCAGGACGCGCUGUCGUCACUCGCCAAGAGCGUCAUGUACGGAGCGGGAUUCAUCUUGCCUCAGCUUCUAGUUCUGUGCAGUCACAGUCUGCUGCUAAAGCUGGGCUACUAUAAGAUCAUCCUCUUCACCUUCGUCCUGGAAGCUGGAAUGGCAGCUGUCAUGUUUGUGCUUGGUCCUCAGCACUAUUAUUUCAUGGCAUUUUUUCUCACUGCUAGCACGGCUAUCAUACAAGCAGCGUUCAGUCUCUUCGGCUUGCCUCUGGCUGACAUUAUCGACACAGAUCUGCAGAAGUACAAGCGCAGCUCCCCUCUCUCCUCCAUGGUGUUUGGAACAAACGCUCUGUUCACUAAGCCAGCUCAGUCUCUGGCUCCGAUGAUCGUCCUUAAAAUCUUGAACCAGUUUGGAUACGAGCAGCUGAAAGAUGCAGGACAGGACUCAAGUCCAAGUGCUUUGGAAAGCCUCCACAGCGUUAUGUUCUACUUGGUCUGUCUGGUGCCCAUGUGUGUCGCGACUCUACAAGUCCUGGCUUGGAGGCCAUUUUCCAUUCGCAACAGUCACACAGUGGAGAUGAAGUACAUUGACAGCUAACAUGUUUCCUCUAAGUGCUACUGAAGCAGGUUAUGUUGUUGGGAUUUGGGUAACUUCUUAAAGAAUCGUGUUUAAAAAUCAAGUAAUUGUAAAUGUUUGUGAUGUUAGGAAGCAAUAUUUCCUUCACAGAGAAGAGGUGUUGCUUUAAUUUAGUGAUGGGUGUCCUCCAAGUAAGACAAAGAACUGAAAUCUUUAUUAAUCACAAGGGUUGAGGCUUGAAUCUUUUUUGAAGAAUUUUUUUUCUAAUUGUUGCGUCUUUGACCAGGUUCUUACUCAUUUUCCAAACACAGAAUUACGCCUCCAGACAGAGCUCUAUUUGAGCUUUUUCUCAGGGGAUUCUCAGCACCUGCUUCGGAUGUUAUCAUCCAUUAAAUGGACGUUAUUAGUGGUUAUCAGUCCCAUAGAAUUGCUUCAGAAUGUCCCGACUGUGCCGCCUAGUGUGUUCUCCGUCCUAUAGAAUGGCUUCAGACUGUCAUCUGGUUAAUAUGAGGCAUAAAACCACUAAGGUUAGUUUAAAAAAAAUGCCAUG